UAUCGCUUUGUCUAUCGAUAUAAAAGUCGUGAAAAUAAUUCUCAUGCAUCAGUUCAAUAGUUACCUUUAAUACAAAGGAGUACUAAAAUUUAAUUCGCAACAAAAUGUACACAAAGGUGUUAUGUUUCACAACCCUGCUCGCCAUGGCAGCGGCGCAGUACGGACACGGCUACGGGGAAGCGCACUCAUCCCAACACUUCAUCAAACACGACGGACAUCCUGAAGUGGUUCACGGACACCACGGUCACCAUGACUACCAUACUCAUCCUCACUACGAGUUCGACUACAAAGUGGAGGAUCAUCACACUGGUGACAUGAAGCAUCAGCAUGAGGACCGCAAUGGAGACGUGGUGAAGGGCGUGUACUCCCUGCGUCAGCCCGACGGCUCCGAGAGGACCGUGCACUACCAUGGCGACCACCACACCGGUUUUCACGCUGACGUGAAAUUCGGAACCCACCAUAUUGUCAUUUGUUUCACAACCCUGCUCGCCGUGGCAGCGGCGCAGUACGAACACGGCUACGGGGAAGCGCACUCAUCCCAACACUUCAUCAAACACGACGGACAUCCUGAAGUGGUUCACGGACACCACGGUCACCAUGACUACCAUACCCAUCCCCACUACCAGUUCGACUACAAAGUGGAGGAUCACCACACCGGUGACAUCAAGUCCCAGCAUGAGGACCGCGACGGAGACGUGGUGAAGGGCGUCUACUCGCUGCACCAGCCCGACGGCUCCGAGAGGACCGUGAACUACCAUGGCGACCAUCACACCGGAUUCCACGCCGAUGUGAAAUUCGGAACUCAUCAUCAUCAUUAAUAUUAUUUACUACAAUACGUGUCAUAUUUAGAUUGUUUUAUACAAAAAGCUUUAUACUAAUAAAAUGUUAUACAGCUAAUUA